AUGAACGUAAAAACUACGGUACGCAAGUUGGCAAGCUACCAAGCCUUGCAGUUUGACUUCUUCGCACCCGCAAUCUACGUGACGCGCGUGCGAAAGGGGCAGCCACGCAGCGCAGUUCAGAAGUUGUGCGUAGUUUCGUGUCGGUGUAUGACGAAGCUCCGCCUCUUUGUAGUUUUGAGUCGGCGACGAGUUCCACCUCUUCCCUUCAUUUUCCAGAAUAGGCAAUGAUUCUUUGUCUCUUUUUCGAUAAUUUUUGGCAUUUGCGUUUCCUUAUUAUCAAUUAUUAUUUCAGAAACCAUGGGAAAACUCACGAAGGAGGAAGAGGUUCUGCUCUCCAGCUACUCGCCAAGCACUUCGGGAAAGAGCACCCUCUUCUUCUACGCCAAUGCUUUGAUCAUCUCCGUGGCUCCGAUCUACUUGUUCUAUGGAGUUCAUCAGAUGGAGGUGAUUAUUUCUUUCUUAUUCUGAUUUUUUUUUCCGAUUGUUGAUUGAAGAAUUUUAGAUGUAAUGUUAAAAGGUGCGGUUAAAUAUAUUCAUUUAUUUUUCAGAUUUCUGAUUCCUGGAUCGUGUGGGUGAUCUCUGCCCUCGCUUCGACAUAUCUUUUGACUCUUGCCUCCAAGAAUCAGAAGCACCUUCUCAAGCAUCAGUGAGUUGAAAAAGUUUGAGGCAAAAUAAUAGUUUUAUUCGCAGGAUCAUCACUAAGCGUGGCCCAGCUGUUGACCGAGAGAUCAACGCCAAGUAUGCCAACGACAAGAAGAUGAGCAACAAGGAAAAGGAGGUAAGCAUUUUUUUUUUCAUUUUUUGAUACAUUUGUAUUCUAAUUUUUUUAAUGCAUGUGUGGUUAGCCGCAAAGAAUGCUAGAAUUUCUUACAUGUGUUCGAAAAUAAAUUUCUGGGGACCUUUUAAAUUGGUUUUCACUGUUUCUUACUUUAGAAUAUUGCUGGAAUACGAAGUUAAUCAGUUUUUUGUAUCAUUUUGUAAUAAGAAAAAAAGAGUUUUUAAUGAAUAUUUUUUUGAAGAGAAAUUCGCUAUUAAUUUUUUUAUCUAUCGAAAAAAAUGUUUUUCCAAAAGAUCAUGGUCAAAUCUUGUUAGAAACAAGACUUUAAUGACACUUGUCUCUUUUUCAUUUUUUUCUUAUGAGUUUGAGAUUUUUUUAAUGGAGAACAAAGAUGGAGACGUUAUAUAUUUAUUUUUCAUUCUAAAAUUCACAGAAGGGAUUUUUUUCGUAAUUUUUUUAAGAAGUGAUUGAGAUUUUUGAAGAUCUCUUCAAAUUUCAAUUAUUUUUUUCUUAGAAUUAGGACUUAAUGGGCGCGAAAUGAAAACAGAUUUUGAUAACUGCAAAAAUUUUUCAAAGAUUAUCUGUAUUCCCAUGUAAUUCUUUUUUUUCAGGAGCGAGCUCUGUUCCGGAAGAACGAGGUCGCCGAUGCCGAGUCGACUUACCUGUCGAUCUUCUACACGAACACCUUGUUCCUGUCGGUCAUGCUCAUCCUCGCCUUCUUCCUUCUGGCCAACGUGGCGCCCGUUUUCAACCUCCUUCUCUCGAUCGUCGGAUCCGCUGGCCUCGUCGCUUUCCUCUCCACUGCCAAGAACUAA